AUGUCUCGACUCUCGCGUGCAAACAUCAAAGGCAGAGAAUCCAUCUUCACCGGCGCCGGCUCGGAGCUCUAUCGGGGGGACAUCCAUGCCAUUUGUCCCCCCAGUCUCGAAGAAUGUGUUGCACUGAUGGAAGACUGUUGUGAAGAGGUGUGGCACAGUGCCCUUUUGGAUGACCGUCUCCAACCAGUCGCCCAGGCAUACGAAGCGGAGGCGUUAUUAUACUCCGGCUGCAGAGAUCUACACCGAAUGAACAAAGUCUUACAAGUCAAACGCCUCUUCCUGCUUCUCCGAGAGGACACAGUGCAUCAAUACAAGACACAACUUGCGGAUGAAGUCGAGCCUCCAAUUAACGAACUUAUCGAGCUCGCAGAGCAAGGCCUCAAGGCGUUGCAAAAGAAAGAAGCUGUUCUGAAGACCAAGGCCGACACCAUGCAGUCUAGGACAACGCGUCACACAGCACCCAACGCGCCGGCAGCACAAAAACUCGAAGCCCGACGACUGCAACAGCUAACACGACAGAGGGAGGCGUUGGAGCUUGAGAUCGAGGCAUUGGAAGCAGAGCUAACGGCGAGUAGACCAUUCACGAGAUACAUCGGGCUUAUAUCAUCACUUGGCCUAUAUGACCAAAAACUCGCCAUACAUAUUCGGUCGUUCGCCGCGAAGAUAACUCUCGAACGUCCGUUUUAA